AUGUCCCUGACUUCAAUGAAUAGCAAUGAUUUUUGUUUAUUAUUAAAUAUCGAUUUGAAUUCACGGCGAAUUCAUCGAUUACUUGAACGUCGUUUCAAAAGUAAUUCGAAUAAACAUAGUUUUGACUUUAAAUCGUUCGCACCGGAACAACCGUCGAACAAUGCGAAAGUGUCACGUUCAUUUCUUCGUUUUCAACCGAAAUUAACUUCCCCAAACGAUUCAGAAGAAUACAUGUCAUCAGAUUCCGAUUGCUCAUCGAAUGAUGAUCAGGAAGAUGAAGUAUACGAAACGGAAGUAUCGUCAAGCAACGACGAUGAUCAUCUCAACAAACUUGCCGAAUGGCAACCGGAAAAGUUUCAAUCUGUUAUCGAAACAGAUACUGACGAGGAGGAAGAUCAAGAGGAAAACGAUAUUACUCAGCAAACAAUCACGGCAGAAGAUAAUCAAAUGGAUGUCUCAUCAGAACCUCCGGCUUCAUCCAGUCAAGUUGAAGAUCUACUGGUAACGUACAUUCAUAGACCUGUGAAAGCUGAACCGAUGAGCUACGACGAAGGAAUAUUUGAUAAACCUCCUCAAUUGGACGGUCAUGUAGAUUUGCCGUUGAUUACAUCGUCUAAUCAAUCGAAUAAUAACGAUACUGAUAGAAGAUUAAGCGAAAUCAUCGCUAAGGUAGCCGAAAGAACAUGUGCUCAAAAGAAAACCAUUCAAAUACAUCAAAUCCCGCCCAAACCAUGUCGAAUCCGUCGGAUAGACGAACCGAGAAGAAAAUCUUCAAAUCCUACCCCGAAGAAACCUCGAACAAGUCCCCAGAAACCCGAUCGAUCUAAAACACAGUUACAUCGCGAUGGAAAAAUUGCGAAAAAGCCUAUCUCGCGCCUACUCAAUACAGUAAUGAAGAACAACGGCGACGCUAUUCGAGAACGCGAUACACGCGUACCAACAGUACCCGCCAGCCAUCACAAACCAUCUCGUACUUUAUCGGUUAACGGCGUACAAUCGACGGCCGGCAAACAGCUAAUUGACGAUGGCCGGCGUUCACAACAACAGAAAAUUCCUCCUGUCUUACAAAAACAAAAAAGGGUUCCGGAUCGUCCUCAAAAAUCAUCACAACAAAAGGAGAAAUCAGCUACUGAUCAUAUGAGAUUAGCACAGCGACGAUUGAAUCAUUUACACGAACGAGAACAACACUCAACACCUUCUUCAUCGAAAGAAAAAAUCAAACAAAUGUCACGAACAUCGAAACCAAUCAUUCAAAGAUCAGUAUCCGUACCGAAAAGUGCAAACUUGAAUGUUCUUAACCAGCAAAAAAUGAAAACUGAAAUAAAGAAAUUGAAACAUUUAAGCACAGAACCAUCGAAACUCGAAUGUGGUGCAAAGGAAAACAUACUCUCAAAAACGAAAGCAAAGACAGUGAAUAAUACUGAUGAUAUUAACAAGCAACAAUCAAUUUUCGAAUUCUUGGCUUCGUCCAUGGAUUCCACUAAGACAAUGACUAAGAGACCUUCCACCUAUUUCGACGAUUGUAUCGUCAUCGACGAUGAUAGUGAGGAUGAAACUGAACAUAACCGAGCGAUGAUCGAAGAUGACGAAAUUCAAGAAAUCGAACGGCAACAAUAUUCAAUCGCGUACGAUCUUCACGCUCGUCAAAAACACCUCGAUCAUAUUGUUCACACGCCCACCAUGCAUGUCAAAUGGCUAUUCAAUCUUGAAAAUCUCCUUCUCGAUCACAUACUGAUCUGUCACGAGAACAAUCGUUGUCCAUGUACGAAAUCCGCCGACAAAUCCCACGCAAUGACAUGUCAAGAUUCAGCCAAUGCACCUGGUUACCAUAUCGAUCCAUCAUUUAUUUCGAUUAUAAUUAUAAAUUUUAUCAAAACGUUCCUUCUACGAAAUUCGCCCACUGAUCAACAAGAAUUCUCGUUCGUUCAGUUUGGUAUUACUUCACAUCUACGCUAUUUUCUACUGGAUCUACCGACUUAUAUGCACAAUGAAGAGCAAGACGUUGAUGAUACUUGCACGAAAUGUCACCAGUAUUCAUUGAUUAUCAAUAUUCUGUUUGAUUUAUUAUUUGAUUUAAUCGAUUAUGACCUGUGUGGUCGAAACGAAAAACUUAAGUAUCGUUCGUCGUUGAUCGAAGAUGAUUAUUUUACUCGGUUUCUGCAAUCGAAGAUAACGAAAAAGAAUCCAUUUCAUCGUAUUAAAUUGGUUAUCUAUUUUAUCGAACUGCUUGGCUUGCAUAUGAACAAAUGUCGCAAGAAAAAACAAUUUCAGUUUAAUCAGAACGAAAAUGCUUUAUUCCAUUCUAUUGAACAGUUCAUUCGGCAUAUUAUUUUCAGUAUAAACAAUAUGAUUAAUGAACGCCUCUCGAUCUGUUUCAAUGUGAUGGAAUUGUGUCUACUAUUUGCGAAUGAAAGAACAACUCGAAUCAGACAAAUGUCUUUGUUUUUGUCCGAAUUAUGUCAGCAAGAUGUGAAAUAUGUAAAUAUGUUUCUAUUCGAUGAAAACUUAUUAGUUGAUAUCCGUUUGUUGUUAACUAAUGAAUUGAUUUCAAAGAAAUUUCAUCUGAAACUGAUAUCCGCCAACGAAAUCAAUCAGUUUUUCCAACAUAUUCAAGAUACUUUGACCCGUAAAGAGAUUAAAAAGAAAGAUAGUAUGGCGGACGAUGAACGAUUCGAAUCAUCAAUAUCCACAUUGGUCAAUAAUGAGCAAUCAGAAGAUUCGAUUACAAAUGAAGUAUCGGACUUGAUCGAUAAUCUUCUAACUCAAAUCGAAUGCGAACUGUCUCCAAGUCAUUCGUCAGGAUUUACAAGUUUCGUUGUUGAAGAUAUUGUUGAUAAAAUCCGCUCGACAACAUUAGCACAUAAACAAUCAUCGAGUACAGAUGAUAUCUCAUCGCAUUCACUUUCCAGUUCAAUUGUUGACGUUCCAUCAGCUCAAUCAAGUCGGUCGAUAUCACCAUCUCAGAUUCUCAACGAUGCCAACCAAGUUAUAUUACCGAUCGAUAAACGUAUUUUGGACGACAUUGAAAUUUACUCGCGAGAACUUGCCGAAGAGUUUGUAAAGUCCGUCGAACAGUUAACAUUAGCUUUACAUCACAUGUCUGCAACGAGUGUUUGCUGUCUGCAAACCUAUCGUGAUGCUGUGGGAGAGAAAUUAAAUGAAACAAUUGAAACCAAUAUCAAAACUAUUUAUUCGUUCAUGGCACAAGCAGAACAAUUAAGCGCACAGUUAGCACCGAUCUAUGAAUUGCAGAAGAAGAUAGCUUAUAUUAAACAGUUACUCGAUAUUCUGUCCCAAUCUAUUUGA